GCCGCCGGCGUUGCCACAAGCGCGUCCUGCCAGUGCGCAACGCUCGCAUCCCGGUGCCACCACCAACGCCACUCAAACCAACUCAACUUUGUGGCGGCCUGCAGCGUUGUCCGCCCUCGCUGAUUCUUGACAUGCGCGAAAGCUCGCCGGACGACUCCUCUCUCCCUCCCACGAAGCGGCGGAGGUUUGGCGGGCCGUCGGUGCCACAUCUGUCGACGCCGUUCUGGUUCGGCGACGGCGACAUUGUCCUCGAAAUCGGACAGCACAGGUUCAAGGUUCACCGGACACGCUUACAAUGUUCAGAGAUCUUCUCCGACAUGCUCGCGAUACCGCAGCCAGAAGACGCAGAAGCCGUCGACGGGUGUCCACUGGUGCAACUUGCGGACUCGGUGCAAGACUGGCAGGUCGCGUUGAAGUGGAUAUACGACCCUGACUCGUUUGCAGUAAUGCAGCAUCCUGUACCGUUCCCACUUCUUCCGAGCGCCCUGCGGAUCGCAACAAAGUACGAGAUCGCUGCUCUGCGUGCGUGGGCCGUCAGUCACCUGUGCGCGCGGUGGCCAUCUGACCUCGAACGCAUGGACACUGCUUCACUGCCUUGUGCUGCUGAGGCCAUCACGCUCGCCCGAGAAUGUGAAGUCCCAGAUAUCCUUGCCGCGGCCUUCUAUGCACUCUCCCUCCAAAGGUUUGGAUACAACGCCGACGGUGGACGCUCGCACAUCGUCCUCUCCCAAGCAGAUAUGCGCCGGCUUGUCAUCGGGCGCGAGCGUUUGCACGACUUCGCGACGCAGCUGCUCCUCGACCCGCUCAGCGCCGCCCCGGGUAUGCCGCCGUUCGAGUCCUGUGACAACUGCCGAGAAGGACUGCAACAUUACUGGCGCGCAAAGGUCGCGUCGGAUUCGCAGUCGCCCUUCGAGCGGUGGCUCCUCCGCGAGUUCUACAUGAUGCUUACUGCCCCGGAUACAUUAUUCGAGUCCGGCUUGUGUGUGACGUGCCUUGCGUGGCACAAGGAUGCCGCGUGGACUAGGUUUGAUACCCUCAAGACUUCCAUGCCACGACUCUUUUGCCUGUGAAGGACUCUGUCGAUGUUGUCUACUUGUUUUGCUC